GCCGCGGUUUUGGUAAGGGUGCGUUCUGCGAGGGAUCUUUUCUAUUUCAAUCUGGGGAACGCAAUGCAGAAAACAUCAUCAUGAUGGCUUCUCUGAUGAAUUACCAGCCCACUUUGUUGAAUUUUCGAAGCGUUGUCAAUGGGAAGGGCUCGGCUGGGUCAAACCGUGGGGGUGUCAUUAUAUGCGGCCUCCGGAGGAGCCCCAGAAAAAGCCUAUGGAGGUCGAGGGUUUUGUCCAAAGAAGCCAUUCAGGUGGUUCAUUCCCUUAAGCUCGCGAAAUCUACCCCUAAAGUUCAACAUCUUCUCGAUUCCAGACUCUCCAGGCUUCUCAAAGUUGAUGUCUUGGACGUCCUCUCGGAGCUGCACAGACAAAAUGAAUUGGAUUUGUGCCUCCAGGUUUUCGACUUCAUCAGGAAGGAAGCAGUAUAUGAGAGGGAGUUGUCCCUGUACUCGGACAUGAUACUGUUGCUGGGAAGAAAUAAGGAGAUUGGGAGGGCGGAAGAGGUGUUUUCUCAGGUAAUGGAAAAGGGAUUGAAACCUGACACAAGGAUGUACACGGAGAUGAUAGGAGCUUAUAUACAAGCAGGCAUGACGGAAAAGGCAAUGGAGACGUACGGCCUUAUGAAGGCGUCUGGUUGUGCCCCGGACAAGCUGACCUUCACAAUUCUGAUAAGGAACCUCCACAAGGCUGGCCUGCAACACCUGGCUGCAACUUUGAAGGAUGAGUGCUUUGACUACGUGGACUCUCCUCAAAAAUUCAUUCGUCAACUCCACCGCAAGCAUGCCAAAGGGAGAUCAAUUGUCGGCGAUGAUCUUACUUCUUGAUGGAGUGGUGAACAUGCGGCUUCAUUUUCUCCCCCCUUCAAUGGAAAACGCCAUCGGAGAAACAAUGUCGGGGUGAUUUAGCAAUUGUCCUGGAUUUUUAAUGGGUUCAUUUAUUUUCUCCCUUAAAUCCAUGUUAUUUGUCUAUUUCUGUCGCUCAAUAUUGUAUUACAGAAAGACGAAAGGUCGUAAUAUUGAAUUACGAGAAAGGUCACGUCUUCUACGCCCA